UUAUAGGAACUACUUUGACAUGGACCCCGUAAAUCCAAACAGCCACAAAAAGCGGAGUAAGUCCUUUAGUACAGUCCUUAAUAAACAACAAAAGCCUAGCUUUUGAUAUGCUCAUGACAAGUUUGUCGUGACAGAUUAUAACAAUGCAUGCUACGCCCCAUCAACUUUAUCUCAUGCAGAAGCAAGGCGUAUACGUAAGCGAGUGCUAGAUCAGCGAAAACUAGCAUUAGCAGGAUCCAGCAUGCCCUCUCAGCAUACUCCCACAUUGCAAUGCGGACACUUCGAUCCAGAUUUUGUAAAAACGAUCAAAGGUAAAUUAUGAUAAUUAGUCAAUCCAUUAAUUAGUUAAUGUUGCUAAGAAGAUAACUACACAACAAAUAAUAAUACUAUUUAAGAAUCGUAAGGUUAGAACGAAAGAUGUUUUGUUAAUAAAUUCUUACUGGCCUUUUCUUAAUUUCCUUCAUUAUUUCUAUACAUGGUGACGAAAUUUGCAGCUUCAUACCAUGAUCGAUCGUAUUAUGGAAGACCAUCAUACCAAUGUAUUCAUUGCUCCGCACUUUUUUGGCACGGCGAGAGAAUAAGGUCAUCUGUGGGAACACGAUCCGUCAUCUACAAUAGUUGUUGUAAAGGUGGUAAAGUCCGCAUACCUGCUUACAGACCCAGGCCUGAACCAUUAUUAUCAUUAGCAAGGUUUGAUGGCGAUGUGGUUUCAAAGACCUUCAUGCAAAAUAUAAGGCAGUACAAUUGCUUGUUUGCAUUUACAUCUAUGGGCGCUCAUAUUGAUAGAUCAUUGAAUGAUGGUCGCGGCCCACCAGUCUUCAAGGUAUGUGGUCAGAUCCAUCAUCGAAUAGGCUCACUACUACCAAUGACCGACCAGCCCCCCAAAUUCCUUCAACUUUAUGUAUAUGAUACAUCACAUGAGGUAAACAAUCGAAUACGGUCUUUAUCAAGUGACGAUGCUCCUGAUUCUCCUAUACAGCCACAGAUUGUUAAUGAACUAUUACAAAUGUUGGACACCCAUAAUCCUUUUGCUAAAAAAUUCAGAAUUGCUAAGGAAAGGCUUACUGAACACGCAGAUGAGGAAUUUAUCAUCAGAAUAAUUGGAGCCAAAGAAGGAGAUCCCGUACAAUAUGACAUGCCAACAACUGAUGAUUUAGCCAUGCUUGUUAUCGGUGAUUUCUCCCUCGAAACCUUUAAACGGGACAUUAUCAUAGAAACCAGAAAUUCUGAAUUGAAACGUAUUUCAUCGUUACAUCCGGCUUAUAUGGCCCUUCAAUAUCCACUCCUAUUUCCUUAUGGAGAGCGAGGUUUCCAAGUUGGUGUCAUGUAUAGCGGGAUACAAAAUAAACAGCCAAAUUCAAGAAUCCAUAUGACAAUGCAAGACUACUAUUGCUAUCAAUUUCAUUAUAAGCCUGGCAACCCAAUCCAUUUCUCUCUUAUGGGAUAUUAUCAAAUCAAGCUAAGGUCGAUGCUCGUGCCUGCAUUGAUGAAAAUAGGCUUACUUACAUUCUGAAUAAUCAGGACAAAUUAAGAAUAGAAAAUUUACAAGGUAUAUCAGAUGCUGUUAGUAGAGGUUGCAUAAACGGGGAAGAGAUGGGGAAAACAAUUGUGCUUCCAGCAUCGCAUAUCGGUGGAAGA